AUGCUUCCCAAGCAAGGUAGACGGGAAGGGGGGAAGGGCACAAGGGGCGAUGGGCGCGAGGGGGGAUGCGGCGCAAGGGGGGAUGCGGCGCAAGGGGGGAUGCGGCGCAAGGGGGGAUGGAUAGUGGCGGUGGCGCCGUUUGGACAGCAGAGAGCAGAGAGCAGCCAACGCACUCAUGCCACCCCUGCUGCCAUCUCGCCAUACCUUCCCUUGCUGCCCUCCCCUAGGACAGUGGCGGCAGUGGCAGAGGAGGCGGGGGGUGGGCAUCGAGUGGAUGGCAUGGGAGUGGAUGGCAUGGGAGUGGAUGGCAUGGGAGUGGAUGGCAUGGGAGUGGAUGGCAUGGGAGUGGAUGGCAUGGGAGUGGAUGGCAUGGGAGUGGAUGGCAUGGGAGUGGAUGGCAUGGGAGUGGAUGGCAUGGGAGUGGAUGGCAUGGGAGUGGAGUGGCGUUGA